UAUUAAAUACAAGUCAAAACUAGUGAGGGGAAGAAUCUUGAAUUCUUGAUAUGAAAUGGACGAAAAAGAAAUUUUGAGAGAGAGUGUGUUAUCCCAAGAACGAGAAUUUCCUUAUUCUUCGUCUUCUCUGAUCACUUAUUUGUACAUUGCUCACUUUUUAGCUAGAUGGGGUUCCAGAAUGUGGGAAUUCUCUGUUGGUUUAUAUAUGAUCAGUAUUUGGCCAGACUCACUGCUAUAUGCAGCAAUCUAUGGUGCUGUUGAAUCUGCUUCCAUUGCAUUGUUUGGUCCCAUAAUUGGAACUUGGGUUGAUAAAUUGACUUAUCAAAAGGUUUUGAAAUUGUGGUUGGUGACACAAAAUCUCUCUUUUAUUAUUGCCGGUGCCACUGUAGUUACCUUACUUGUCUACUCAUCUUUGAAGUUUGCAAAUUUUCCAGUUUUCUUAUUUCUUGUGGUGAUAAUCAAUAUCUGUGGUGGCAUUGGAGUACUUUCAACUCUUGCCGGUACUAUCCUGAUAGAAAGAGAAUGGUUGUUAGUUAUAUCGGAAGGUCAAUCACCGGAGCUGUUGACAAAGAUGAAUUCGGUUACGAGACGCAUUGAUCUAACCUGCAAGCUUCUUGCGCCGGUUAUAACUGGUUUCAUAAUAAGCUUUGUAUCCCUUAAAGCAUCAGCUAUAACUCUAGCACUUUGGAAUAGUGUUUCUGUUUGGGUCGAGUAUUGGCUUUUUACAUCUGUGUAUAAUGGAAUUCCAGCGUUGUGUCAAAGUAGCCAAAGGAGAGUGGAAAGGCUUUCAUCACAAAGUGAUCUAGAAAGGAACAAUUCAACUUCUGAGGGAGAUAGUUUGCUUAAUGUUACAGGUGAUGAUAACUCAGAAUUGAUAGAUGGAAAAAGCGGGACAAAAUUGUCUGAGUGGAUUUCAAAAAUCUCUUAUGUUGAUGCUUGGAGAGUUUAUUUGCAGCAAGAAGUUGUCCUUCCUGGACUAGCUUUGGCUUUGCUUUUUUUCACUGUACUCAGCUUUGGAACUUUGAUGACAGCCACCUUAGAAUGGGAAGGUAUACCUGCAUAUGUUAUUGGAAUAGCACGAGGAAUAAGCGCUGUAAUUGGAAUAGCGGCAACAGUUUUAUAUCCUGUGCUACAGCAUCAUAUAUCAGCUAUUAGAACUGGACUUUGGUCUAUCUGGUCUCAGUGGACAUGCCUACUCCCUUGUUUAGUUGCAAUGUGGAUCCAAAAUGGCAUUUUAUCAUCAUAUAUUUUGAUGGGAAGUGUCUCAAUAUCUCGGCUCGGACUGUGGAUGUUUGACUUAUCUGUACUUCAGCAAAUGCAGAACCUUGUUCCCGAAUCGGAUCGUUUGAUUGUUGGAGGUGUUCAGAAUUCACUUCAGUCAUUUAUGGAUUUAUUGGCCUAUGUUAUGGGAAUCAUAAUAUCUGAUCCACAGGAGUUUUGGAAGUUGAGUUUAUUAUCAUUUCUGGGAGUCACAUUAGCUGCAUUCCUCUACUGCAUCCACGUGUUCCGUGUACGGAAGCAUAUCUUUCACUUUGACAAACUAUAUGGUGUAAUUUUUCUACAUCAGCAUCGUAAGUUGGGGGCCGAACCAACGCAAGUUGAGGCCUAAAAAACUAGACGAGGUCUCAAAGUAAACAAAUCAUAAGAGAAGUUUCUGUGCCAUUUUUGUUGGACAUCAGAGUGAAGGUGAAACCAUAAAAUCAGUGGGCAGCGUAUAGGAGGCUGAGUAUAAGGUGGCCCGAGGGUUCUAAAGUAAGGGUUUGUCUCGCCUUAUGCUAGAGUCGCCGCCACUGUGGUGAAGCCGGAUUCUUGUUUUCACUUUUCAUACCAUUUGGGUGAGUUAAUAUCUACACAAUGGUAAAGGAAUGAUAGGCUUUAGGAUUAAAUUUUUAAUUUUGGAUAGUCAUCUUGCUUUUUAGACUUAAUUAAGACCAUUCUUUUCUGCAUAAGAUCAAAUGCCCCUUCUGAGUCAGAUUGCUCCUAGAAAUGCAUUUUUCUUUUAUGUUGAGAGUUAAAAGCAUUUGAAUUAUUAUGAUUGGUAAGAUCUAUCAAUUUGAGUAUUGUUAAA